UUAUUUACUUAUUUAUGUGCCCUUUGUUAAUUAACUGAUGACCCAUUUCAACUUCAAGCUGCAGAUUAAUUAAUAAUUAAUCCCAUCAUCUUCCUCACCAUGUCAUCCUCACUCGAUGAGUCCGCCAUUAUCAGAGCUUGCAAAGCUCUGCUACUCUUAAGCCCACUGCUUUUCUUGACUGUCAUUUUGAUGCUUCCAAGCUCAGAGAUUCACCAUCCAUUGUCACAAAAGCUUGUUGUUGGUGAUGAUGAUGAUGAUCAUUCGUGUCGUCCCACCGAUCUGAGCCACCUGGUGUUCGGCGUUCUCGGCUCCGAGAGAGCGUGGCACCACAGGAAGGCGUACGUCGAGUCGUGGUGGCGACCCAACGCGACGAUUGGUUUGUUGUUGUUGGAUAAAGAGCCCACCGGAGACUUGCUCCCGUGGUCUCCUUUUUCCCCACCCUAUAGGGUAUCCGACGACGUAAACCGGAUAAUGAGAGAAACGAAGCACCAGAACAAGAGGGUGGCAAGGAUGGUGCACGGGAUAAUGGAGGUUGUGAGGGACGCGCCGCCGCCGCAGCAGGAGGUGCGGUGGGUGGUGAUGGCGGACGACGACACCGUGUUCCUGGUGGACAACCUGGUGGCUCUUCUGGCCGGACUGGACCACAGAAAGCUGUACUAUCUGGGAGGCCACUCGGAGUUCAUCCUGUCCAACUACUGGUUCUCAUUCCAGCAGGCCUUUGGAGGGGGUGGCAUAGUGCUCAGCUAUCCCUUGGCAAGGGCACUGUCCCAUGGAAUAAUGGGUUGCCUCAAGAGAUACCAAAAUCUCAAUAGUGCUGAUAAAACUUCUUCCUAUUGCAUUGCAGAUCUUGGUGUCAAUUUGUCUCCACAACAUGGCUUUCACCAGACUGAUAUGAGAGGAGACAUAUCAGGAUUUUUAUCACAUCACCCAAACACACCCUUAAUAUCCCUCCACCAUUUUGACUAUGUCAACCCAAUCUUCCCAUCCAUGGAUAGAGCCCAAUCCGUUGGUCAUCUAAUGAACGCUGCAAAUCUGGAUCAAACUCGGAUCCUCCAACAGAUCAUCUGCUUCCACAGGCAAAGCAAUUGGUCGUUCUCAAUUUCAUGGGGAUACUCUGCCAACAUAUAUGAGAAGAUAAUGCCUCGGAGCUACCUGCAGAACCCAAUCCAGAGCUUCAAGCCAUGGGCGAAAACCCCCGGGCCGCCGCACUGGAUUUUUGAUGUCGGGCGGCUCCGGGCGGCGGCCGCCUUCGACCCCUGUCUUGUUCCUCAUGCGUUCUUCCUCGAGUCUGCCGAGAUGGUGGCGGUUACCCCCGCACAUUACGAGAUACUCGGGACGUAUCGCCGGUCAUGGCGGCGUGGACUGCCCGCUUGCUCCGCCGCCGGUAACGGUUCAUCAGCUGACCGGAUUUCCAAGAUUCUGGUGUACUCACCGGCAACAGAGCCAAAACAGAUUGAUAGAUGCGAAUGUUGUGACGUGGAAAUCGACGGUGUUGACGGAAGCAGCGCCGUCGUCAAAACGAGGAAAUGCGUGGCGGGAGAGAUUAUUGCUUAAGAAUUUAUUGGAUCCAAUAAUUCAAAAAGGGGAGA